AAUUGCUCCGCUCGGUUUUUUUGUGACCUCCCCCUUGGCACAGUUUUGUUUCUCCAUCCAUACCCCGCUUUCGACCUCCCAAAAAAAGAAGAGGACAAUUUUUCUUUUUAAAUAACUUUCUCUCUCUCUCUCUUCUUCUCUUUAAUUUUUAUAGCUGAAAAAAAAAGAAAGAUGGCUUCAAUGUUACCCAAGCAUUCUGGCACCAGUGCUUUUCGAUCGAUAUCGACUACAUUUGGUAAAGGAAUUCAUAGGGCAGCCAAAUUAUCUUCUCGUAAUCCUAUCGAGAUGAUUGCUGGUAUUCUUAUCUUAUCCUCCUUCAGUUACUUUUACCUGUUCAACUUGGCACGUACUUCGGAUAUAUUCUCAGGUACUGUCACUCGUCUUUAUCCAACCUUAGUCUAUGCCACUGCAGACUCUGAUUUUGAACCAUUGACACGUCAUGACUACACAUUCAACAACCAACUCGCACCUGAAGCAAUCAAGAUUCAGUUAAAGCAAAUUACCGUCACCGAUGGCGAAAACAAUAUGAUUGACAGAUCCACUUUGGCCUCUAUCUUGGAGUUCCAAAACUCUAUUCAACACGGUUUAUUAGAUGAUCAUUUAGGUUCAUUAGGUUACAAUUCUCUUUGUUACAAGGAUGAAAGAGGUGAAUGCUUCUCUUCAAGUAUUUCUUCUAUUUUCAACUUGGACUCUUUAUCCACACAAGAUUUACGACAAGCCAUUCAAUCUGUACCAGAGUUAUCUCAAGUCGUAUUCGGUGAAUUGGAUUUAAAUGCUUCCACCGCUUCAUCCGUCUUAUUAUCUUUUGCCUUCAACGCUUCCACCACCUACCGACAAGAAUUAUCUCAUUUAUGGGAACAAAAGGUCUCUACCUUCAACUCUGGAAACUUGCUCUCUCUUUCCAACAAUGGCAAAGGUGAAGAUGCUUUCACAUGGAUUUUCAUCAUUACCAGAAACAUCAUUAUCCGUAUCAAGGAGUUAAUUGAGAUGGCCGAUAAUAUCGAUAUUAUUGUCAUUCUGGGUGGCUAUGUUAUGAUGUUGACAACAUUUGUCUCUCUUUAUAUGAACAUGCGUUCCAUGGGUUCUCGUUAUACUUUGGCUACUGCUGUCAUGGUCAAUGGCUUUUUCUCAUUCAUGCUUGCUUUAUUAACCGUGCACGCAUUGGGUGUUGAUGUCUAUCCUGUUGUACUAGCUGAAGCUAUUCCGUUUUUGGCAGUAACCAUUGGAUUUGAACGUCAUUUCAAACUCACAAAGCGAGUCUUUGAAUACAGCAAAGAAACACCUUUAACUAAGCAAGAAAUCCGAAAGACAAUUGUUCGAGCUGUCGAUUCUGUCGCUUUACCUAUUGCCAGAGAUUGUAUCAUGGAAAUCACCGUCCUUGCUUUAGGCGCUAAAUCGGGUGUAUCUGGUUUGCGUGAAUUCUGUUUACUUAGUGCCAUUUUAUUAGCCUAUGAUUUCAUCAUCAUGUUCACUUGGUAUAUUGCCGUUUUAGCCUUGAAGCUUGAGUUAUUAAGAAUCCGUGAAAUCAACGGUACCACCGCUGCUAAAGGCACCUCCUCUUCCUCUUCCUCAUCAUCCGCAUCCGCACAAACAACAGGUACGGGUUAUAUUCGCAACACUGUCGUUAAGGCCUUCAGUGAUACCACCACAUCCAACCAUGACAAUAUCAAACAUGACGAACCCAUGAUCGGUCGAGUCAAGUUAUUGAUGAUUGUCGGCUUUGUCGCUAUGCAAUUAUUCAAGGUCUGUACCACCUUUGGGGGUUCUUCGGGUCCUCAGGUUAGCAUCGUUGAACCUGCCGUAAACAAUGUGCUUCAAAAGCUUCUUUUACAACAUCGUGCAUCCAAUGUCGCUCAUCUCCCACUCUUGGUCGAAGUCUUCCCUCCUCUGCCUUUCCACAUUGCUUCCUCUGCUGACAAGAGCUUUGUACCUGAUAGUAUUCGUAUCCCCUUGGAUUACUUGUUUGAAACAUACUCUGUCUAUAUUCAACAUCCUGUCAUUUCCAAGUGGAUCUCCUUGGCGCUCUUUGUUUCCUUGUUCCUCAAUACUUAUUUAUUCAAGGUGGCUAAACAACCUGCCAAGGUUGUCAUGACACCUGCUGUUGCUGCUGCUGCUGCUACCGUCACUACUGCACCUGUUGCUGUUCCUGCCCCUGCUCCCGCUCCUGUAGCCGUCUCUCCUCCUGCUGCUGUAAAGCAUGUCGUUGUUCAUGAAAAGAAGCGUCAUCACCAUCAUCAACAUCAACAACAACAUGUGGGCGCUAUGCGUACUUUAGAAGAAUGUGUGAGUUUAACCGGUACACCCGAUUUAUUAUCUGACGAAGAAGUGAUUUUACUUGUACAAAAGGGCAAAAUGGCAUCAUAUGCUUUAGAAAAGGUAUUGGGUGAUUUAGAAAGAGCCGUCAGUAUUCGACGUGCAUUGAUCUCUCGUGCUUCCAUGACCCAAAGUUUAGAAGGCAGUUUAUUACCUCAUGUGAAUUAUCAUUAUGAUAAGGUCAUGGGUGCUUGUUGUGAAAAUGUCAUUGGGUAUAUGCCUAUUCCCGUUGGUGUAGCCGGUCCUAUGAAUAUCGACGGUGAUAUGAUCCAUAUUCCUAUGGCUACUACAGAAGGUUGUUUGAUUGCUUCUGCUGCUAGAGGUUGUAAAGCCAUCAAUAUGGGAGGUGGUGCUACUACGAUUAUUACGGCAGAUGGUAUGACGCGUGGUCCAUGUGUAGAGUUCCCUUCCAUUGUAGGAGCUGCUGCUUGUAAAAGAUUUAUCGAAGAAGAUGGACUUGAGAUUAUCACAAAUGCGUUUAACUCGACUUCUCGUUUUGCUCGUCUUCGAAAGAUGAAGGUUGCAAUGGCUGGUAAACUCGUGUUCAUUAGAUUCUCAACAACCACGGGUGAUGCUAUGGGUAUGAACAUGAUUUCAAAGGGUUGCGAAAAGGCACUUUCGAUCUUGUCUCAACAUUUCCCUGAUAUGCAGAUUAUUUCGCUCUCUGGCAAUUAUUGUACCGAUAAGAAGCCUGCUGCUAUUAACUGGAUCGAAGGCCGUGGUAAAUCUGUGGUGACAGAAGCCGUCAUUCCUGGUGCUGUCGUCGAAAAGGUGCUCAAGACAACCGUGGAUGCCUUGGUGGAAUUGAACAUUUCCAAGAAUUUGAUUGGUUCAGCUAUGGCUGGUUCUGUAGGUGGAUUCAAUGCACAUGCGGCCAAUAUUUUGACAGCGGUGUAUUUGGCAACGGGACAAGAUCCUGCACAAAACGUGGAAAGCUCAAACUGUAUCACCUUGAUGAAGGCGAUUAAUGAUGGACAGGAUUUACAUAUCUCGUGUAGCAUGCCUAGUAUCGAGGUCGGCACCAUUGGUGGCGGCACAAUUCUGCCUCCUCAACAGUCCAUGUUGGAUAUGCUUGGUGUGCGUGGACCUCAUCCUACCGAGCCUGGAAAGAACGCUCAAAGAUUAGCAAGAAUCAUUUGUGCGUCAGUCAUGGCUGGUGAAUUAUCACUUUGUGCUGCAUUGGCUGCUGGUCAUUUAGUCAAGGCUCAUAUGGCUCAUAAUCGUGUUGCCCCCGCUGCUCCUGCCACUGUGUCUGAACCUAUUCCUGGAACUUGUAUCAAAUCCUAAUUUCUCUCUCUCUCUCUCUCUCUCUCUUUAAAACUCCCCCCUAUAUUCCCUCUUGCCUCUCUUUUCUUUUUGUUGUUUACUAUUUAUACUUCACUAAUAGAAUCCUUUCUCUAAACAUCUUAAAUAAAACAUAUUUACACAUGC